GGUGUCCGCGCGCUCAGUCAAUGAGCACCGAGACAGGAGAAGUGUCCGACUGUUUACAUCUCGUUUCGGGGGCCGAGAGAUAUUUUCCUCCAGAAUUAUGUCGGUGUGGAAUUAUCGCACUCGCAACCUUUGAGAAAUAAAGGCGGCCAGCGCAAAACAGUGACCCGGCGUUGAGUCAUGGGAGGCCAGAUAACCCGAAACGCCUUGUACGACUCUCUGGGUGGACCGUUCCCCUCAACAGCUCACCGAUGCCACCACAAACCCAAACGCUGUUUACCCUUGCAUCUGUGUGGAGGUGUUCCCGUGAACCCCCUUCUCUUCCACCCCAACGCUAAGGGCUCUCAGAUAGUCAUGGAUCUAGCACAAAGGAGCGUCAAACGGCAGGCCAGCUUCUGCAAUGCCAUCACUUUCAGCAACCGGCCCAUUGCUCUUUAUGAGCAGGUCCGCUUAAAGAUAACUAAAAAGCAAUGCUGCUGGAGUGGUGCUCUCCGCCUGGGCUUUACUUCUAAGGACCCGUCUCGAAUCAAUCCAAGCUUUAAAACUAACUGUGUAUCCCACUUUUGUCCCACAGACAGUGAAGUCGUCCCUCCAGACCUUCUCCGCCCACGAUCCUUCACCACAGUACGUGGAUCCACCUCUUUACGACGUGAAGCAGACACCUCCCGCCUGUCUGUCAGUCUUUGCGAUCUUAACCUGCAACAAGAUGAUGCCAGGCUUCGACUCCCUCCCGCCCCCGUCGCCUGUCCCAUUCCUCAAAAUUCCAUGAACUCCCAGCAGUCAUCACUGCUUCCACACACCUUGGAAUGUGACCUACGUUUCCACCAGCUACGAGGUGCCAACAUCAAAACCCUUAACGAACAGACUGUGGCCCGAUCUGAACACAACCGUGAAGAACGCACACUGGUCUUCACAGAUCGCCCACUACGAAUUGGUGAAACCAUCUUCAUCAAAGUCAUUAAGUCCAGCCCUGCUCGAUCUGGGACUCUCUCAUACGGUGUGACAUCCUGUGACCCAGCAGUGCUUCGCCCUAGUGACCUCCCUUACAAUCCUGAAGCGCUGGUUGACCGUAAGGAAUUCUGGGCGGUGUGCAGGGUGCCUACUGCUUUGCAGAGUGGCGAUAUCCUGGGUUUCCUGGUCACACAGGAAGGGGAAGUCAUUCUGAGUCAUAAUGGUAACAAUGUGGGGAUGCAGGUGUGUGUGGACAACUCACGACCACUCUGGAUGUUCUUUGGACUGCAUGGUGCUGUCACGCAGCUGAGGAUUCUAGGCUCCACUUUCUUGGGUGAUGCUCGUGACCCGUCCAGCCCUGGCUCACCCUCUGCCUCGCCCCUUUCACCCUCAGGCCUGUGCAAUGGAAGUCCAGAGCCCAGUCUCAAUGAACGUGGCUGUUCUGCUGCCUUCUGCAGCUCCACUGAAGGAACAACAUCCAACUCACCCGUCAGUCUCCCUAAAUCCCCCACUUUCCCAUCUGCCUCAGGCUCAUGGCCGGACGAGUGUUCUAUCUGCUAUGAAAACACAGUGGACACCGUCAUCUACGCCUGCGGACACAUGUGUCUCUGCUACACCUGCGGUCUCCGCCUCAAAAAAAUGACCAACGCUAGCUGUCCUAUCUGUAGGAGAGCUAUCAAAGACAUUAUUAAGACCUACCGGAGCACUUAGGGGUGGGGGGGGGGGGUCUCAAAAGGGCCAUUAAGGAUCUCUAAUAGAGCUCGGUUUCAAGAGAGGGUUGGUGUCACAGUUCAGGGACUUGCUCUGGCACUGCAUGGGUCUCUGUUCCCAUGGCAAUGACUUUUUAACCCCUUGAACCUUCAAGGCUCAGGCAUCCAUUCACAAAGGUCUUUGGUAUUUCAUGCUCAAGUCUCUGUUGCUAUGGUAACCAGUGAUGUUGCUGCUUUUUUGAAGCAUCUGGCUUUUCAACUGACGUAACAAAAAUCAUAGACAGUAUCUCAUCGAAUUCAGGACAUUUCAGGUGACACAGGAGAUAAUCAAGGUUGCACAUCUCCCAUUUCUUCUACCUUCUCUGUGAGCCAUAAUAGACUCUCAUUCAUGGCAUAGCUGCAUAUCCUUUAAAGCUGGACUCAUAUUCAAUAGGGGGUGUUACAGUCUGUUAUUUUUUCCUUCUGCUGUCCUCUAGUCAAAUCAGCUAAAGCACUUUCACCAUUGAAAUUUAUACAAAAGUGUUUCAGUGUUUCACAAUUUUUGUCUGUGCUGGGCUGAGACAGAGACAGAAAUACAGAUAAGGAACAGUGCUUUUCAUACCUCACUAUUUCAUGCUAGUUGUGUAACCGACAGCUUGCCUUUAUUACAUGCUCUAAAGUGAGUUGAUAUGGAGGUCUUUGUGCAUUGAUGACUAUUUGAUCAUGUGUUUCGUAAUGUAAUAUGAAGCUUUGGCAGGUAGCAGGUGAAGUCAGCUAAUGCUCCGCUAUAAUUUCGCUUAUGCGUGCGUUCUACAAGCAGGACAUUUUGGUGUAAUUAAAGAGAUAUAAUUUGUAAAAAUACACAGGAAUGAUUAACCAAUGAGUCAUGUGGCAGAUAUACAUAUAUACAGUUAUAUAACAACUCAUUUAAAGAACAUUAAUAUUGAAUAUCUUAAUUGAUCCAACGGUGCUGGGAAAUGUAAUCGCCACAGAGAAGUGCGGUUAAAUAGAGCACCUCAUCUCACGACCCGAAAACAUGUUGGCCUAAUCAAACCUUGAUUUACUGUGAACUUGUUCUUGACUGUCGAUCGGAACACGCAC